CCUGUAAAAAUUGAAGGUGUGACUGUGCCAGGAGUGGCUCAAACCGGAGAUGUGGAGCAGGAUAAUCUGUUACCAAAACUGGAGGUACCAAAUGCGAUCCAACAGAAAGUCAUUCCAGGGUACACUGGAUUCAUCCCCCGCCUCACCUGGAUUAAUGGCGUGAACUAUAGCCAGGGUGUGAAGGAAGCAAUGAAUGAGUUUGACCAAUAUCAGUUUUUGCAGAGGAACCCAGCUUGCAGCUUUGGCAAGAGAUUUCCCCAAACAUACUGGCCUGCCAACAGAAUUUACACCAGUGCUGGACUGAUACCUUCCUACACUGGCUUUGUACCAUACCUCCGGGACACCUACGCGCUUACUUUCAGCAACAGCACCCGAAAAGCUUACCAAAAGGAACAAAGGAGACGAGCUUGUGCACUGUGAAAAAUGCUUUAAUGGUGCCUGUACAGCAUCUGAAGUGACUUUGAAACAGGAAGAACAACACAACACAAACAGAGAAGUUUUGAAUGAAAGAGUUCAUACAGCUUUAAACAA